AUGCAUCAUCGCAGUACAACGACUACAACUCCACCACCAAAUCCUGCCGGUAGUAGUUCAUCUACCACAACUACAACUCUAGCACCAAAUCCUGCCAGUAGUAGUUCAUCUAACACAACUACGACUCAAACACCAGAGACUAGUACAACAACAAGUGAAGCAUCGCUUUCUUCAAUAAAAAAUAAUUUAGGCUUUAUUCUUGGUCUUUCACUUGGACUUGGUAUGCCUGUUUUUUUCUACUGGAGUUCAUGA